AUGCAUUAGUCUAAUGAGAUGUCUGCAGACAGUGUGUCAGGCUGCAGAGCCGCUAACAUCCGUGUAGUAAACAGCCUCUGUGUCUUCCCGUCAAGGGCUAGCGGGGGCUGGGUUUUGGUGUGCUGGUCUCUUCUGGGUCCCCUCGUUUUUCCGGGUCUGAACCCGUUCCUAUAGAAGGCGGCAGGUAAAGGCAGCGCCGGUGCUCCAGAUGAGCGUGCCCCCUGCGGUGGCGUCCUCUGCCCAGAAGACCGACAGCCACGGGGAGAUGCAGUCCGCCGCCGUGACCCCCUCCUACCUGCCCAGCCAGGCGGGGGGGAAGAUCCCCGGCCGCAAGAGGGGGAGACCCCCGCUCCGCAGCGUAGCCCCCAAGAUGGACUUCCCCGGCCGCUACCCAGAAUCCCUCCCUCCUCUCAAGGUGCCCAAGAAGAGGGGCCGCAAGCCGGGUUUCAAGCUGAAGCCGCGCAUGGUGAUGACGCCGCUGGCCAUCUCCCCGCCCAGCAGCACGCCGGAGCCCGACAUGAGCUCCAUCCCACAGGACGCCGCCACCGUCCCGCACUCGGCCACGCCCCAGGUGCUCACAGUGUGUAUCUACAUCAACAAGCAGGCCCUGACGGGGCCCAACCUUGACAGGAAGAAGGUGCAGCAGCUCCCAGACCACUUCGGGCCCGACCGGCCCUCGGUGGUCCUGCAGCAGGCCGUGCAGGGCUGCAUCGACAGCGCCUUCCAGCAGAAGGCCGUGUUCACCCUGCUCACCCAGGGCUACGGGGGGGAAAAGAUCUCAGCCACGUUCGACGGCAAGCAGCACCUGCUCAGCCUGCCGGUGGUCAACAGCAUCGGGUACGUGCUGCGCUUCCUGAAGAAGCUCUGCCGCAGCCUGCACUGCGAGAACCUGUUCAGCGACCAGCCCAUCGGCCCGCACAGUGGGGGGUCCUACCACUCUGACGAAACCUCCAUGACGGAUGAGUACCACAUGGACCAGUCCGAGGCCAAGCGCUACUCUGUGGACCCCGGGGACUCCGCCUUCAACUCCAUAAGCUCCUCCUACUCGCCAAAGUCCUCCUACGGCUUCCGUGGCCCAUCACAGCAGUUCCCCGGCGGCGCGCGGCAGUCGGCCAGCAGCCCCUCCUCCUUCCAGGAGAACAACCGGACAGCCUACGGGGGGCCCCAGGAGCCCCAGGACACUAAGGGCCCGCCCCAGAAGGACCCGUCGUCCUGGUCCGUGGAGGACGUGGUGUGGUUCAUCCGGGAGGCGGACCCCCACGCGCUGGGGCCCCACGCGGACCUCUUCAGGAAACACGAGAUCGACGGGAACGCCCUGCUCCUGCUGAAGAGCGACAUGAUCAUGAAGUACCUGGGUCUGAAGCUGGGCCCCGCCCUCAAACUGUGCUACCACAUCGACAAACUAAAGCAGACCAAGCUCUAGAGGUGCCACGCCCCCUGCCACGACCUUGCCACGCCCCUACCCCCGUCCCCCAUCCCCCGUCCCUGUCCCGAUCUGCAUGGUCACGUAAUCGCCCACCGUCGAGUUUCCCUGGUCACUGUCGUUUUUUUAGACCAUCUUUUUUUCAAUCUUUUUGUAUUCUUUUCGGCACGCCGGGGUUUGAUUGAAGUGUUGUCAGUACGCAGGAGCAAUCAGCGGCCACGGACACGAGGGGCGGAGAGGGCCACCGGGGCACGGGCGGAGAGGACGACCGGGGCAAGGGUGGAGGAGAACGUCCACCGCCAUCAGGGUGGAGCCUCCACCUCAACACUGGUGUUAAUGCUGUGGUUUGUUCCGCACACGUUAUGCAGCAGUGCAUACAGUACAACCAUCCAUGUAUCUAUAUGCAUAUAUAGAUAUAGAUAUGUAUACACGCGUUAACAAAGAUUCAUCAGCUGUGGAAUCACAAAGGAGUUUAUUUGACUCAUGUUGGACUGAAUGGCCCAGCGUGUUAAUUUAUCUAUUUAUCUUAUUAUGAUUCAAAAACAGUAUAAAGGCAUAAAGUUAACCGACCUAUAAGAGACUUUAGGAUUGUUUCAUUUUUUAUACUGACUUAUUUCCUCACAUUACUAUUUAUUGUAAAAAAUCCGAAACAAAAAAAGUGAAUGGUGCAUUUUUUAAAUGUAUUCUAAUUAGUUUGACUAUCAUUUCAAACAUAAAAAAAUAUAAUCUAAGAUCAGAACGUACAGAUAGUGUGUACAUAUACUACAUAGAGGGUCAGAGUCUCUCUUGAUGGGGGGGGGGGGGGGGAUGCAUUGAGAUGCAAUUGUGUCAUUAUGUAUAUGGUCAAUAUGCAACGUCCUUUUUAUGAUAGCCUCUUUGUGUAUCGGCUACUCCACCAGCCCAUCUAAUGGUUUUGGUUACGUGUCUUUUUUUAGGUUUUUAACAAGCAUCAGUGUUUCAACUGAGAUGCAGGCCCACAGAGGCCCCAGCAACACCGAUUUUACACCGAGAAAAAACACAAAUGGCCAAUACAGAUGUCCUUCACUGCUUAUGCAUAACAUUUCCGGCGUACAGCACCAUACAUCCUUUUGUAAUCCACUGACCUUUGUAAGUGAAUGCUGCUGUAUUAAAGUCAAUGUUAGCCAGGCCUAUAUAGUGAGAUCAAGCUUAGGUCUUUUAUUUUGAAAAAACAUUAAGAAUCCGAUAGCUCUACUGGUGCUAAAGUUAUCGCUGUAUCUAAACUGUAUGCUUUUGUGUUUGUGAGAUGUAAAUAAAAUCCACUGUACUGUA